AUGGGGUCUCGCGUAAGAUCAGGAAAGCUUGUUUUUGAUUCUUUUCGAAGCUGCUCUUCGAGGUUCAUGCCCAACGCCCAAAUUUUGAUAACCAACAAAAGGAUUUCCCAGUUUGAACAGUUACUGGUUCCUGCAUGGAAUAGAGCCAAGUUUCAUAUUAGGACUCCAUCUUAUCACUCUCUCGUAUCGCAGAGAGCCAACAAGAACUUAUUGUCUGAUCCAUUUCUCAAUGAGGCUAGGAGAUUUUACUAUGUGGAUCAGUACAAUAAUGUGCAGCAGCAACAUAUCAUAUACUAUGAUCAUUUGGAGAUUGUUCCCUACCAUAAAAGGACUCGUUUAAUUCUGUUCUCCGAGUCAACGUUGAAGAAGAUUAGAGAGCAGUAUGUGAAGAAAAAGAAAGAGCGUUUUGAAGAGAGAGUAUUGCCCCAGACACAAGCUGAAAGCAUACGGGUAAGAAGGAUAGCUCAGGACAUAAUUGAUGCAUACGAGGAUGAGAUUAACCGACAAGGGUCACAAUUUAGUGCGACGUCACAUUUGGAUGGAUUGAAGAAGUGGGAGGUGUUAGUGGUGAGUGGUCAUGGAAAUUCUGCCUUUACUGCUAUAGCGAGUAGUGGGAAGAUUGUGGUGUUUGAUUGGAUGUUUGAGCAUGCCACAAGUGAUGUAGAGAUGGCAUUCCUCAUUGGAAGGGAGAUUGGGCAUAUUGUGGCUCGACAUACUGCUGAAAACCUGACAAGAGCUUAUGGCUUCAAGAUUCUAGAGUCCAUACUCAAUCCAAUUGGCUUGUGGGAUGCAUUCAAGGAUCAUUUUGCUAAACGUACCAUCAACAUGCGUAUCUUUUGGAUGUAA